AUUCCCAUCAAUGGAGACCAAAGGUUCCUCCUCCCUAUCGAGAUUCGCGAUGCGCAGGAGGGACCCCGACCCCAAAUCGGCGGCUCUGCUCGUGAUCGACAUGCAGAACUACUUCGCCGCCAUGGCCGCCCCCAUCAUCCCUUCCAUCCGGGCCGCCAUCGACUGCUGCCGCUCGGCCGGCGUCCCCGUCAUCUUCACGCGCCACCGCCACCGGUCCCCCGAGGACUACGGCAUGCUGGGCGAGUGGUGGGGCGGGGACCUCAUCUUCGACGGCACGCCGGAGUCGGAGCUCAUGCCGGAGGUGGGCCGGCGGGACGGGGAGCCGGUGGUGCAGAAGCACACAUACAGCGGGUUCCAGGGGACGGGGCUGGAGGCGAUGCUGAGGGAUAUGGGGAGGUCGGAGGUGAUUGUGACGGGGGUGAUGACCAACCUGUGCUGCGAGACGACGGCUAGGGACGCCUUCCUGAAGGGAUUCAGGGUCUUCUUCUCCGCCGACGCCACCGCGACGUCGAGCCGCGAGAUGCACGAGGCCACGCUCCUGAAUCUGGGCUACGGCUUCGCCUACUUGGUCGACUGCCAGGUCCUGAAGAGGGCGCUCGCCAAGGUCUAGAAUUAGGUGUCUCUCUUGGUGGGUUGUUGUAAAUUGGGAACUUCUGGCUUGUGCUUGGCCCCUGUGUGGGCAUAGUGUUUUUCUUUGAAUAAUGAAAAAUCCAGGGUUUUCCUUCUCUGGGAUUUUCAAACAGAAAUAUUAGGAUUAUCGUUUCCUAGUUUGUUGUUGGUGCCAUACAUCUGGUACAGAACACUUAAUUAUGUUCGAUGUUGAUGAGUUA